AACAGUUCUGCGCUGUAAAAGUCGAGAUGAACAAAAUACUGUUGUUCCUCGCGAUCGCUGCGGCGCUGUGCUGCGAUCUUUGGCCAGCAAUGGCAGACGACGUUGGAGACACAACUCCGGAGGGCGAUGGUCAAGUGGGCGUCAGAAAUGAAACCUCUGCACCAAAGGCCUCGAUCCAGGAGGAUAGUGAAAUUCUUCAGAGAGAACUGGAUGUCAGUUCCGACGACCCUGAAGACCAAAAACGGAAUGCAAAGUUCUUUGCAUUCUAUACCUCAAAAACCAAAGCCGUGAUAGUUACAGGGACUGUCUUUGCGCUGUCCACUUGCUUCUCUACCACCAACACGCCUUCUUGUGCCGGAAGAAGGAAGAGAAAUGUCUUCUCGGAUAAAAUGAAUCCAUUCUUAAGUGACGACAACGGCAACGCGAUCAGUAGCAGCUUGGGUGAUCCGGACUUUGAAAUAAACUCAGGGGCAGCGAGACCAACUGGCAAGAAGUUCACGAUUUGGAGCACGUUAUUCUCGACGUACACGGUGAUCACGACCUCGUACUACGCCGGCACAACCGUCACCGUGUCCGCUCUUUGCAACCCGGGCUUCGCUGCCUCCUGCUUCGGUUAACUCGAAGACCUCUCUUCAUCUUCAUUCCGUUCAUAGCAAAGUGUGUAUAGCAAGCCCAAUCGUUGGUUCGAAUCCUGUUCUCUGUUUAAUUAAAUUUAAUUUGUUUGCGACGGAAUAGAGAAAAUAAAAAUUUCCACAUGACAAGUUCAGCCAACAGCCAAGUGAGCAAUAGUCAUAAAAACAUCUUCCGGUAAAUGAUAUUGAAACAUUUAUGAUUAAGGGUUGGUUUCGUUCAAACAACGUCUAAUUAACGUUAUUUCAACGUCAGACGCCCACCAAUGCAGCGCUUAAUUGCCUGCUUUUAUUAGACUUUUCCAAAUUUAGCAUAUGCACAAUCCACUAUGGAAACCUAACGGAUGGAAUGAACAGAGUGAAAUGAACCGGAUUCCGCGCACCGUUAGCAAAUACAGUCUUGAAUUUCAACUUUAUGCUUUGGUAUUUGAGGCAUCCAAUUGGAUGCUUUAUUUUUGAUGUUACAUAGAAUAUCUCUCGAUAAAAUUUGUUUUUCACCCCCCAACGUAUACAAAAAUUAUUAUAGGUACCCUGAGAAGUUGAUAAGCUUUCCGGCUCAGAUAUGUUAACUUGCCCUAGAAUUGAAGGUUUAAUAUAAACAUUGUUAAAAACUUUUCAUGCCGGAGGAAUUAUAACCACAUAGCCGACGCGCAUUUAAUAUACCGUUUGUCGAAAGAAAAUUCAGAAAAAAGAAGGGCAUUCAACGAAUGUUUCACAAUUACUAUUCAGAAGUCCCUUUCUUUCCUUCCUUCCUUCCUAUUAAAUAUUUCUUCAGCCGUUCGUCCAUUGAAUGCCACAUAGGCACGUACGAGAGAACAAUGACAGUUUUACGGAUAGACAUAUCCAUCCAUGUUGUCGGCGGAUUCAGUCCUAUAAGACCAAUUAAUACAGCAAUGCAAAAUCAUAUUAGUGACUUGUAUGCAAUUAUUAGACUAAAUAUGCCCGAAAGUGUAAAUAAAAUAAUUAGCAGGAAGCCCGCAUAUUAGUCUUCUAAAAAGCAAACUAUCAUUAGAUGUCUCAUUCAUAGUCAGGAGCGUGUCUAGUAACAGCAUAGCAGUUAAAAUCAUGACAUUUUAAAGAUUUUCUAGAAGCCAUUUUUCAAGGAGUCAAAGCUUGCAAGUUAUAAUAAACAUAUACGGCAAUCAAACCUAAGCCCCUGUAAAAGAAUCGAAUAUUCUUAAUUUCUACUG